UGCAUAUAUCACCUAGAAAUUCUAGUGUCAAUGCACGUAUAGAGUUCGAUAGGAAAAGACUCACAGUGGUCAGGCGCUUCCGAACACCUCGUAACUCAGAUGUGCAUCUUAUUCACAGCGUGGUGAACCUGUGGCCGCGCCGCAGUACUGCCGUAUUUCAUUCGUUUGCGGAUACCAUGAGUCGGAUGGAAUCUAUUCAACAGUCCUCUCAAGCUCCAACAACCCUGCCUGGCGAUGUUGUCUCUGCUUUACACACGCUACAUGAAUUUGUUGCUACUGCAAUGUGCAUCCCUCCGCAGAUAAUCGUUACUUGCAGAGAUGAUAAACGUGCGUUUGGAAGAGCAGCGUUGCAGGCUAUGAGCUACAGGAAAGCAGUAGACAUGUUCAUUACCAGAUUUGCCACGAAAGAAGACUGGUGGAUAUCUGAGUAUCGGUACAAGCCCGAGGUCACGAUUUAUGGUCGAUUCUAUCGACAACAUGGCGAAGAGGAUGAUGGUAUGGUCAUCCUCGACGAGCGAGGAUGGUCCGAACUCGUUGGCAAUGUCGUGAAAAGUGACAAUCGUCUUCACGUCGCUCAAAUUCACCGUCACGACGCAAUCAUCCUCGAAAGCAUGAUCCGCGACUCCAGCUAAUAUGAUAAGGAUCGCAACGAACCGAAUAACGGUUAUCUUGGGACUUGAGUCACAUUCAAUCAGUGUAGCAGAAACGGAUAUAUAGAUUCAGUUUGGUAGUUUUGUAGCUUUCACCACUAUCUAGAAGACCAUCAUCGCCAGAUGUACAAAACAAAAGGCAUAGCGCUGCUAGCGAAAGCGAAGCUGCAGAAGUCCUUCUACGCCGAAGAAUAAUGUCCCUUCCUCAUGAGCAUAAGCGGAAGAGUGAUAAGG